CAGACGUUUGUGCGGUUUAUUCAAUUUUUCGCCGCCGUAGUCGCUCUUUGAUUUUCGGUCGAUUCAGCUUCUUAUUGGAAGCGAUAGCUUAAAUAUUUCUUCUAGAUAGUUUGUCAGUUACAAAAGAUAGCUCAAUUUUGAACGAACAUUUGCGGUAUCACAGAUAUAUAAAUACGAAGAAUAUUACCAACUAUUUGAAGCACAUGGAAAGCUGUUAUGAUUAAUGUAGAUAGUGUAUUUUUUUGUUUGAAUUGAGCAUAAUAGGUUCGUUGUGCAAAUGUGAACUUUUAAACAACUUUACUCUAUGCAAGUCUUAAUUAUUCCAGUCUUUAUUCAUUGAUUCUGAUAAAAGAUUGAUAAACCAUCAAAUGUGCUGUGAAGUUCUAAACCUAAAUAUCCAACAGAGUGUCUUAAUCUAAUUCUGGCAAACUGCAUAAAUAUUUUCCGAUAAGUGAAAGUGCAGAAAAAAAUUGCAACCUCUAAAAAAGCAAGGAGAAUCAGUUGCUGCAGUUUGGUUAUAAUAAAGUGUAGGCUGUAUAGUUCGACCACUUAGCAAGUGUGCACAAAACGGGAACGUUUCAAAACGCUAACGACAAGCGGCACAUGUGGAAGGAUACAAAGAUAUAAAAGCCGGCGAAGGGUAACCAGUUUUUAAGAUAUCUUUGCAGUCAUCGACUGAGGACCACGUCGAUUGUUAAACGGAGUCAAGUCGAGAUCUGGCUUUACAAAAGUUACUUUUGAUUAACGAAUGCCACCAACGUAACCCAACGUACCGUGUAGGGCGCGUAAUAUUGCCAAGGAGACGCGUUUGGAUGUAUAACUUGGACGCAGCAAGAAGCCGCCAAAUAAACCUGUCUUUGGGGCCUGCAGUUAAACGGUAGCUGUGAGCUUCUGAAGGAUACAAUGGAGGUAGCGAUCGGCAGUAAUGGCAGUCCGCCAUUUCAGCGUGAAGUUCGCGAAUGGCAACGUGUCGAUCCAAAUACGGGAGCGCUAUUAACCGGUCGUUUGGAAGCUGAUCGAUGGAUUACUGGACCACAGAAUGCUUAUGGAAAGGUAGUCGAUUCUCAGAACGUAUCUCAACCAAAUGGUAUACAACAUACGCAGCGUAAACAGUUGGAAGUGUUGCAAGCUCGCACAUCCUCGGGAUCGCUGCAGGUUGUGCGAGCACAGACGCAAACAGUUCAGAUGAGUUCGUCGCGUUGGUCGUCAUCUUCAUUAAGCGGUGGAACUAAAACUACACAAUCUUUAGCCGGUCAACGAUUUAGUAUUCCAUUACAUAUGAUCACAAAUGGCGGCAACCACGCUAUGACAAACGGCAACCACGAAUCUCAUCACGUUAGUCAUAACAGUAAUGGAAGCAAUCAUCAGUUCAUCACGGAACCCAGCCUGAAACUCAGUUCCCUAAUGAAAAACAGUGUUGCAUCGAGCAGUAGUUCUUCAAGGAGUAGCCCACGCUCGCCAACUAUGUUUGGUUCGUCGGUAUCACAGCGUCAUCACCACGACGUAACACAACCCACAACAGUAAGGUCUACGGAUCGUGUGGGCGGAAGCUCGUACGAAGCUCAUAGUCACAAGCCUCAUGACUUAGACCUGAGGCACAGCGAAAAAGAUACUUUGGAUAAAGAUCGUUUGCAGCACCUACAUCGUGGUCGAUCAAUAUCCAACGAUGAUCUUGCUAGCUCUGAUCAUUGGGAUCAUCAUGGGGAGCAAGUGAAUGGCGAUGAUUCUUCAGAUUGGCGUCGUGUGAGUAAGAUCCGGCGAUCUUUUCAAUCUCCAAAAAGCUCAUCACCGCCUAAGUCAAGUCGGCCCCUGGAUUUGCCAGAAAACUCGGUUUCAGUGUCGCGGAUCCGACAAGAGCUGGAGAACUGCCGUCGUCUUAGUACGGCCAUGCGAAACAACCAUGUGGAUCUGGUUGCACUUGAUAGCAUCUUGAAUGGCGAUGAUGGUUCAGCGACACCGGAAACAGAUCCUAAAAGUAAAAAGAACACAUUCCUCACAGCAGAAUCACUGAAAGAAAUUCGUGGCAAGCUGAAAAAACUGAGCGACGAGUCUCUUUACAAAGAAGAUUUCAUCACACAAAACGAUCCUGAAAAAAGUAAAACCUAUGAUGAGUGCCAAGAAGAGUUCACAGUUGCGAAGCCUGCAGUCAUGCAAGAUGCAAAAAUAGUUCAUCAACCAACAUUGCAAAUAAGAUCAAAGGCGGAUACAUCUCACAACACAAACAGCCUUGAAAACAGAACACGACACCGUGAUACAACGUCCAGUGAAUGGUAUCUUCGGCGCAAAUCUUAUGGUUUUGAAAAAAUGGUACCUCCAUCAACCUCCAUGUUCCGUCAAGAAUCCUCCACGGACAGCGGAAUCGGGCGAUCAGGAGAACUUGCCAGUUGGUCACCAACAGAAAAUACUCCACGUGGAACAGUCAUUACGUUCGGGAAUGGCGGCAGUUCAUCUCCGAAGACGUCAGUCACUCUUAUGAAUCCUGGUCCUGUGAAACGUUACAAGGAAAUAUUUGAUCCACAAAACGAAUCCAUGGAAAUAAAAAGACAUUCUAUUGCUGUAGAUGAAUCAAAAUAUGUCCGUGAUAAUCUUCGCAAUGGCUUUGAUGCGAAAACGUCCAUAAAUCUCAAUGGAUUUUAUUCAAGAGAAAUUGAUUCAACACAGUCUACCGUUUUUGAUGACAAUGGAAAACGUCAGAAGAGGGUUGAAUUCUGCAAAACAGAAGUUCAUUUUGCUGCUGAAUCAGGGAGAGUGAACAUUGUUGAAACCGAUGGAAAACCCCCUCCCACUAACAACUUUCGGCGAAGACGAAGAAGCUCAGGUGGACCAAUUAGCAAUGCAUACUUAGAAGCCAUAAACUCUGGAAAGCCAAUUAUUCAUUUCGGAGAUAACUGCAAAACACAGUACGAACAAACUCCACAGAAUACUUUAGUCGAGGAGAGCAACAAUGUAACUGUUAUAACGAAUGGAACUCCGGACGUGAUUAUUCCUUGCACUGUGCAGGAGGAGGAGGCAGAGUCUCUGUCUGACGAAAUUUCAAUCCGCGGUAUCCUGAAAAAUAAACCAGUCAAACCUAAGCCAUACCAUCUCGGCGAAAACAUCGAAAGUAGUGAAAGUCUUUGGGGUGUUCGCUUAAGACCAGUAUCUGCCGAAUUUUCCGGUACGAAAAUUGAGGAUACUCCUGGUGAUAAACAUGAAAUUACAUCUGAUAACACCUCAUCUGUUGCAGAACGUGUGCGUAUCGUUGAAGAACGCAAGGAUGGCGCCGGCUAUUCCACGAAGAUCAACCUCAGCCUCUCGAAUUCCCCACGAUCCUGGGAAGCUCCAGUGAACAGAAAGCAUGUAAAUAUAAGCUGUUUCAACACUUUGCAUGAUUUAAGAUCUCAUUCAAGUGAUCUAAGCGUAUCUUUUAACCCACACUUCCAAGACCGACGGAAAUCAACUCAUUUCGAAAAUUUAAGUGAUAGCUUGAAAUCCACUUCACUAAUAAUGAGAACAAUACGAUCACAAAGUUGCUACGAUGAAUCUUCGUUUCGCCUACACAUUCCACACCUCCAAAACCAACCCGUCUCCAGCGAAAUUUUCAACACAAAUGAGAAGUACAUUGGCAUCAGCAGUAACCUUUGCCCUUCAUCUAGGCUGGUCCCUAAGUCGAACUCAAUCUCAAAGUCAAAUAGCAUGAACAGUAUUUCAUUUGGAGAUACGAAAACAAGGAUUCCGGGUUUCACUAGAGACUUUCUGAACAACAAGGAUCAUUUCACUGAAGAUGACGUAUCUAGUCACAGCAGCAAAACUGUCUCAUCAUCCAGUUUCAGCUCCACUUCGUCCGCAUCUUUUCAAUAUGAACGAGCUGUGAAAUGUGAUCAGGUUGAAGUAACGCAUGCAGAUAAUGAGUUCCUUAAAGGAGAUUCUUCGGAAUUUUCGAAUCGAGAAAGGAAACCUGUUGCUGCGCCUAGAAUCAAGGUCAUUGGUUCCUCAAACGCUGUGAGUCAUCAGCUAUCACAACUACGGAGAAUGUAUGAUGCUGCCGAAGCGGAUAGUGAUGAUGAUAGUAGUGCUAAAGCCGACGAAGAAGUUAAAUUAUAUUUAGGUUACAGCAGUACCGCAUCUUCUAUGGAGGAAAAAACUACAGAGCUAUCAGGAAGUUGGAGCAGGAUCAAAGCGAAACGAGCGAGCGUAAAACAACAAAUAAAAUCUGAUCUCAAAGAACUACCCAAAUCGAAUGUUAUGACUAUUGAAUUGCAUUCGCCAACUGUAACGAUGCAACGCAAUUCCAGGGAAAUUUCGAAGCCAACAUUUCAUGAAAUUCCAACCCCACAACCAAGACAAUCAGUGAAAACUGCCGAAAUAAAGCAACGUAUUCUGGAGGAAACCCAAGUAGAUACCGAAUCUUUGCUUCGUAAUAAAUUCCAAAACGAGCCAGCAAAGGACGACACACCCUUAAAGAUUGAAACCGGUGGCACUAGAAAAUUAAGGGAUCAUGAACUUCUCUACUUUGGUGUGAAACUCUCAAAUCCGAACGAGAGGGUCCGAAAAACCAAUACAAGCACAUCGAGCGAUAAAUAUAAGAAAGCUAACGAGCAACUAAUAGAAAUAACUAAAACAAAAACAAUAACCGCUGAGGGUACGAACGGGCAAAAAUGGAAACUAUCGAGUGAUACACCAGAUCUAUUGAGGCACAGUCCAGCUACUACAUCAGAUGCUGAAAAGGAAAUUGAGAGCAUCCCGGAAAAGUCCGAAAUUGCGAAAGAAACAAAUAAUAGAUUGAAACAAGGUCCUGUUUACGAAAAUCUACAGAAACCAAGUUCAUAUAAUCGGCGACGAGAUUUGGAACGCGAUGAGAUGAUCUUGAAGGAAAUGAAUAAAGAAGCGGAGCAGGCAUUACAGGCUAUAAGCACCGACAAAUCAUCUCGUGAUCAUCACCGACGAAAUUCACAACGAUCGUCUAAACCUCUUGAAACAAUCGAUGAAAAACGGAGUUCUAAGCAUGUUCAAAAGGAGGCAAAAUCAACUCCAAACCACAAUUCUGAAAUACAACGUCGUCGUUCAUGUUGUUCAAAUCGAUCUUCAUCGAUUUCUUCAACGGAAAGUUUAAGUCGCCUGUCAGGAUCGUUCAGAUCGAAAGCGGCUCAAAACAAUGAAUACGUUAACAUGCAACCAUCGAAUAAAAAACGCACAUCUGUGAACAACAAGGACUGCCCGUCAAAAACGCAACAUCGAUCAAGUAGCCGCGAAAAUCACCGAACGACUGCGAGUUCAUCUGAGGAUCUGCAUAAUGGCGGUAACGUUCAUGGUCACUCUAGUGAUGAGACUCUUCGGCGAUCUCGACGCAUGAAACCGACUUCAUCGAGUCGAGAUAAGGAAAGAGACAGGAUCGUCGUGAAGAUCGAUGAAAAUCAACGAAUUACACGGUCAACGGUCAAAACGACUGAAGAUCGCACGAAAAGCCAUAAAGGAUCAGGCGACUCAACAGUAAAGGGAGGUUCGCUUCGAUCAUCGAAAGGUGAAAAAACUGAUAAAACUGGUACAACUAAAUCGAAAGUCUCAUCAACAAGAUCGAGUAACGAUUCACAUAAGAUGUCACGGUCGAAACCGACAUCGGCAGUUGUACCAUCAUCAACAUCGUCUUCAUCGAAACGUAGCAGUCGUCAUCAUACACGAAAAUGAUAUCUCCUACUAAUCAAUUAUGAAAAUGAGAACCUAAAUUCUCUAAAUAUAAACAUAAAUAAUACUAACAUCUGAAACAUGAAUUUAAGAAAAGCUAACAAUAAGAUUGAUGUGAUUUUGAUGCGUGAUUAAUAUUUGGAAACAAUGAUUUCAAUUUAAUAUUAUUAACUACAAAUUAAAGUAAUUACUAAACAUGAUUAUUUUUACUUUUUCAUAUGAAUAUUAUAUUGAACUACGUAAAUAUAUAUUUGGAUCUGAAUCAAGUUCCUCAAUAAAUUAAAAUAUUUGAAUUUAUGAUGUAAUUUAAUUGGAAACGUAUGUUACUAACAUUUCACUAUAAAAUGAAUCUCAAUAAUUUCAGUAUUCUAUAAGAUGUGCUUAUUUGGAAACUCAAACUUAUGAUUGUUUAAAAUACAAAUCGAAAAUGAAACACCUAAUAAACAAUGAAAACUAAAUGAAAAUCA